AUGGGGGAUGGUCCAUGUGGACCAAACACGGAAAUAUAUUUUGAUUUUCAUGGCGAAAGAGAACUACCUAAAAAUAUUGAGGAACUGGAUAAUAAAAGGUUUAUUGAAAUUUGUAAUAUUGUUUUUCCCGAGUUUUAUCAUAAAGGGGAGGAGUAUUUGCCUUUGGCCGAAAAGUGUGUGGAUACGGGUGCUGGAUUAGAACGAAUUGCGAUGCAAAGUCGUUCUGACAAACUUUCUCAAAAAACCGAAUAUCAAAAAUAUUUAGAGGAAUUGGAAGACCCUAAUUAUCAGGGAGGUUCAUGGGCUUUACCGGAAAAUCCGAUCCCUUUGGAGCAGGCUAAAUAUGAGAUUUGCCAAAAACCAACCCAAAGAAAGGCCAAAAAAACCUCCGAAAAAAAGGAGAUGAAAACCAAGAAGGUCACUAAGAAAGAAGACAAAAAACGAGAUAAAAAGAUUUCCGCUAGUAAAUUAGAUCCAGGAACCAAAGGAGUAGAGUUAGAAAUCAAAACUGAUUUUCGUAUGUCCUCGCUUUGCUCUCUUUUAGAAAAAGCCGCCGGUGGUCCUAUAACUGAUGCUCCUUUUGAAAAAAUUGCUUUUGUUUUUUUUAAAGGUGAUGCCGAAAAGGCUUGUUAUGACGCUCUUUUGGAUAGUAAAAACCAAACUUUUGAGUUAAGUUUUGAUAAAGAAAAAGUCUGGUUAAAUGUGGAUGGUUUUGUGGACCUAAUUGAUAAAACCAAGCCCGAAAUCCAUAUGCAACCAGGAAAUAAAAGUCUAGAAAUUAAUAAUUUAAAAACGGAAUUGGACCAAGCCAAGGACAACCAAGAAAAAUUACAAAAGGCGAUUGAAAAAAUUGAAAAGUUAAAUCAAGAUGUUUUAGAUAAAAAUAAAGAUUUAGAAAAUAGUUUAAAAGAAGCCAAAAAGCGAUUAAAUGAUUUAAAAAGACAAACUUCUUCUGAUAAAG